UAAUUUGUCAGGAAAUGAUCCGAAGAUUCUGAACUGAUAAUCGUCUGAUCAAGGAAAGUCCGAGCCUAAAAUAAGUCUUUUAUUAAAAACCUUUUGGAGAUACUUCACGACAUAGCACACCGACAGUGGGAAAGACCCAUUCUUCCGACACAGUUCCCCUCCUCGGCAACCCCACUUCUUUUCCCCAAGUUUCACUUUACCUUAGUACUCAAGCUAAGAGCUGCCACUAAUCAAACCAAAACCAGAUUCCCACCUCAAAAUUGAACCCACAUUUCAUUAAUCCUUCUUCUUCUUCACGCUUUUGUAAAAAAUCCCCCCAACUAAUUGCAAGAUUACGCUUUCUUUCUUGCUUUUGCAAUAGUUUGCAUCCAGUUAUUGUUGUUGUUAUUCAGCCGACCUGUAAAAAGGGCAGACCCAAUUGUUUUUCUAAAAUGAAAGCGAAUUACUACUAUUUCGCAAAAAGGGCUCAAAAGAGAUGCUCAUUUCCCCUUAUUCUCAUUUCCAUUUUUGCUCUGGUACUUUUUCUCAAGCUAAUUUCUUCCUUGUUCUUUACUACCUUUUCGAAUAAUUCUGAUACCAACCCACUUGGUGAUGCUCUAAGAAAAUCGUAUCCGUUCCCCGAAUUGCCCCGGUUUGCUUACUUAAUUUCCGGUUCAAAGGGCGAUUCUGGUAAGUUGAAGAGGCUGCUUCAGGCGGUGUACCAUCCCCGGAAUUCCUACUUGCUCCACCUUGAUUUGGAAGCCUCCGACGACGAGAGACUUGAGCUCGCGAAAUUCGUGAAAUCCGAGGCGGUGAUUCGAGAAUUCAGGAGUGUAAUGGUGGUUGGGAAGGCCAAUUUGGUCACUCUCAAAGGGCCCACCACAAUUUCUUCUCUGCUUCACGGCGUUGCCAUUUUGUUGAAGCAGGCUCCGAAUUGGGACUGGUUUAUCAACCUUAGUGCCUCGGAUUAUCCCCUCAUGCCCCAAGAUGAUAUACUGCACAUUUUCUCAUUUUUACCCAGAGACCUGAAUUUCCUUGAGCAUACAAGUGAUCUUGGUUGGAAAGAGUUUCAGAGAGCAAGACCUAUAAUUAUCGACUCUGGAUUAUAUCAUGUGAAGAAAUCGGGUGUAUUUUGGGCCAAGGAAAAAAGAUCAAUUCCUGCGUCCUUUAAGCUAUUUACAGGAUCAACAGGGGUGGUGCUGACAAGAUCUUUUUUGGAGUUCUGCAUCUGGGGCUGGGACAAUCUUCCGCGCACUCUUCUCCUGUACUACACAAAUUUCCUGUCAUCCCAUGAGGGUUACUUUCAUACACUACUUUGUAACCAUAAGGACUACCAGAAUACAACCGUAAACCAUGACUUGCAUUAUGUCCGAUGGGAUGAGCCGCGGAAGGAGAAUCCUACUAACCUGACAAUAGAACAUUUUGAUGACAUGGUUCAGAGUGGUGCAGUUUUUGGUCAUAGAUUUGGCCACGACAGUCGCAUUCUUGACAAAAUUGACAAGGAAAUUCUGAGAAGAUCGGCCGGCCUGUUUGUACCUGGUGGCUGGUGUUUAGGAAAUCCAGGUUCAGGAAAAGAUCCUUGUAUAAUUUAUGGGAAUCCAGAUGUCAUUAAACCAUCUGAAAGGGCAAAGAGGUUGGAGGCACUUGUAAUGAAACUUCUUGAUUCUGAAAAUUUCAGGUCAAAACAAUGUAAAUGAUUACUUUUAAGUUUUAUGUGUAGUAUUCAUUUAUUCUGUGGAUUCAAUCCCUUAUCACGCGACUAUGCUGCUUGUCAUCUUUGAUGUCUGGGUAUUGGGGUCUGGCGAGUGUUAUACUCCUGCAAAUUAUGUAGGACCCGAGGCAGUAGUUAACCAAUAUUUUCAUACACAUGGAAAUGAAACUGUAAUCAAAACCUGCAGUCUACUCCUUUCCAU